UUUACUCCCGAGCAUCUAAGAAAGAAGAAGCCAGAGCUGAGUGAGAGUGAGAGAGGGAGCAGGAGUGAAGGGUGAAGGUAGGGGUCACGUGUUCUCUUGCAGUGCCUAUCUUUCCUUCACUCCCCUUGUUCCUGUCUCUUGCGUGUGCUUAAUGAUGUGGGAGAAAUCCUCUUGGAAGCAAUCAUUUCCCUUUCUUUCCCCCUUCGACCAUUAGACGGCAUCGACCAGCCCUGGGCCACGUGACGCCUUACCUAAUCCUUCCGCUUGCCUCCUCCUCCUGUCGCGAGUUACCGUCACUAAGCGGAAAUAGAGGUCAGGUCAGCUGGGCUCGUCGUACUUCCGGUUGAACGUGUUUUAGUUAGGCCUGUGCUUAAGGCCUAUUCCCACGCUGCAAUGUUUCUUGUACAAGAACUUGCGCAUAGACAGCUUUGCGCAAUGCGUCCUAUUCCCACGUAGCAAGGCCACACAAGUGUCUUGCGAACUGACGUCAUCCGCACACUGCAUUGUGGGAAGUUAACAAUAUGGCAGGCUACAUCGAAGACGAGAUACUUUUCGAAGCAACUGUGGCGACUCUAGUUAUUUUACAUGAAGAGGAGAGAGAGAAGAAGAAAGAAAAAAAGAUGUGGGUGAGGGAGUGGGUAGCUCGAAGGAGCCGAUUCGGAGCUUAUUCGUGUCUGCUUAAAGAAAUAUCGUCAGAAGAUUCACGGGAGUGCAGACGCUUUUUGCGCAUGUCGUCUGCCACAUUUUAUGAUCUGCUUCAUUUAAUCGAGCCUGCAAUUCGCAGACAAGACACUGUCAUGAGACAGUGCAUACAAGCAGAAGAAAGACUGGCAGUGACCCUGCGUUACCUUGGUUCAGGCAAUUCAUUUGCUGACCUAGCAUUCCUUUUCCGGAUUCCAGGCAACACCAUCCACAAAAUUGUGAUGGAUACGUGUGCAGCAUUGUACAGGAUUCUUCGAGUGGAUUUUUUAAAGGUUCCAAGUACUGAGGCAGAAUGGCAACAAAUUUCACUAGAAUUUGCACAGCGAUGGAAUCUACCAAACUGCAUUGGAGCCAUAGAUGGCAAGCAUGUUGCCAUUCGGUCCCCUGGUGGGUCAACACACUAUAAUUAUUUAAAGUUCCACAGCAUCAUUCUUCUGGCAGUUGUAGAUGCAAAAUAUAGAUUUCUGUAUUUUAACGUGGGAGCAAAUGGCAGGGCAGGUGAUGCUGGUGUUUUCAGAGACAGUACUCUAGCUGCUGCUCUUGAGAACAACACUCUUAAUAUUCCAACACCAGUGCCUCUCCCAGGCCGUGUUACACCUGUCCAUAUUUUAUUGGAAGACACUGAAAGCCAUAGAUUAAUUGAGGGAGACUGGCGCCAGAAUCCACAUCAGCUGCAGCCCCUUAACAAUGCGGCAGUCAACAGGUCUUCCACUGAUGCCAGACUUGUGCGCGAGGAAGUGAAAAAUUACGUGAAUGAGGAGGGCACCGUGCCAUGGCAAAGUCAUAUUGUAUUUGGUUAA